AUGGCAUCGAUCGAGGAGUUUGACCCCCUCAACACCAGCGUCCCCGCCACCAAGAUAGAAGUUACCGUCUCAUGCAGGAACCUUUUGGACGUGGACACAUUCUCCAAGUCUGAUCCAGUGGUUGUUUUGUACGUGCAGGGAAUUGGGACAAAAGAAUGGAGAGAGUUUGGCAGGACAGAAGUUAUUGAAAACACACUAAACCCAGACUUUGUGAGAAAGUUUGUUUUGGAUUACUUCUUUGAGGAGAAGCAGAACCUUCGAUUUGAUGUAUAUAAUGUGGACUCAAGAAGUUCAAACAUUUCAAAACAUAAAUCUUUCCUGGGCCAGACCUUCUGCACUCUGGGAGAAAUCAUUGGCUCUGCUGGGGCUCGUCUGGAGAGAGUGUUGUCGGGUAUUCCAGGCAAGAAAUGUGGAAACAUCAUCUUUACAGCGGAAGAGCUCAGCAACUGCAGGGAUAUUGCCACAAUGCAGCUGUGCGCUAACAAGCUGGAUAAGAAGGAUUUCUUUGGAAAAUCGGACCCUUUCCUAGUGUUCUACCGUAGCAAUGAGGACGGCACGUUUACCAUCUGCCAUAAGACUGAGGUGAUCAAGAACACUCUGAACCCGGUGUGGCAGCCUUUCACCAUUCCCGUCAGAGCCCUCUGUAAUGGGGACUAUGACAGAACAGUUAAAAUUGAUGUGUAUGACUGGGACCGAGAUGGAAGUCAUGAUUUCAUCGGGGAGUUCACUACCAGCUAUAGGGAACUUUCUAGAGGUCAGAGCCAGUUCAAUGUGUACGAGGUUCUCAACCCCAAAAAGAAAGGCAGAAAAAAGAAAUACGUAAACUCCGGCACUGUAACGCUUUUGUCCUUCAAAGUGGAGUCAGAGUACACGUUUGUGGACUUCAUCAGAGGAGGGACCCAGCUCAACUUUACAGUGGCCAUAGACUUCACUGCUUCCAAUGGUAACCCUGCUCAGCCCACAUCCCUUCACUACAUGAGUCCAUAUCAGAUGAAUGCCUAUGCAAUGGCGCUGAAAGCGGUUGGGGAGAUCAUUCAGGACUAUGACAGUGAUAAGCUCUUCCCAGCCUAUGGCUUUGGGGCCAAGAUUCCUCCAGAUGGAAAAGUCUCACAUGCGUUUCCUCUGAAUACAGACUGUGAGAAUGCGAACUGUGUGGCGAUUGAAGGAGUGCUGGAAGCUUAUUAUGAAUGUCUCCGAACGGUGCAGCUCUAUGGACCCACCAAUUUCGCUCCUGUCAUCAACCAGGUGGCACAGUGUGCAGCAGAUGUGACAGACGGCUCACAGUACUUUGUUCUACUCAUGAUCACUGACGGAGUCAUUUCCGACAUGGUGCAGACCAAGGAGGCUGUGGUCAAUGCUUCUUCCCUGCCCAUGUCAAUCAUCAUUGUCGGGGUGGGGCCUGCAGAGUUUGAUGCAAUGGAGGAGCUAGAUGGGGACGAGGUGCGGGUGUCCUCCAAAGGCCGUGCUGCCGAGCGGGACAUCGUACAGUUUGUGCCAUUCAGAGACUACAUCGACCGCUCGGGGAACCAGGUGCUGAGCAUGGCUCGGCUGGCCAAAGACGUGCUGGCCGAGAUCCCCGAACAGCUGCUGUCGUUCAUGAAGAGCCGAGGAAUCGAACCCAGACCCGCACUGUCCAACUCUCCAGCAACACACAUCACCGUCCAUCUCUAAAUGCAGACACUUCAGUCCACACUGCGGCUCAGCUCACGCUAAAGACUUUAUAUUCUCAUGAUAAUGACCCAAACAAUAAGCUCAUAAUUCAGUCUAAGCGUAUGUGGUUACAUUACAGCCUAGCAGUAAUAAUCUGCCUGUAUGUUAUUGUUCUGCACGUUCUCAGGUGUAGAGUAACAGCCGGUCGUCUAAAUAUGCUCAGUCUUCAGUUACAGCUAUUAUAGGCUUUAUCUAACAAACACAAACAGUCAUAGAUAAACCAUUAUCAAUUCAGCCAUCAGUAAGUGUAAUUCUAUUCAGAUUCAUUUUAGCUUUAUUGUUUCCAGAAGACUUCUAUCUCUCUCUCUCUCUUCCUUUUUGUUUCUCUUUCUUUCCAUCAUUCUUUCAACCCCUUUCAUAUUCGCCCUCUUCUUUUUUUCUCAUUCCUUUCCUAUCUUUUCUUCCCCUGCUCUUUUCUGCACUUCACAUUUAUCACUGUCUAUCCCUUUAUCCUUAUGCUUCUCUUUAUCUUUUCUCCACUUGUCCCUCUCUCUCUCUCUCUCUCUCUCUCUCUCUCUCUCUAUUCAUCUCUCUAUUGGCCUUUCUUCACCUCUGUUUCUUCAACAUCUUUUUCUCUCCCUCUCUUUUGUUCUAAAUCACUCUUUAUCCCCAUUCUUCCUCUCUUCCUCAUCUUUUCUACGUUUGUCUUUCUUUACAUCUCUCUUUCUCCACCUCCUGUUAUUCAGUCUCCCUUUCUCCAUGAUUUUCUCUAUCCUCCUUUCAUAUUCUCCCCCCUUCUUUAUUGUCUCUCAUUUCUUUUCUGUCUUUUCUUUGACCCGCUUUCUCCACCUCUGUCCUUUUCUCCACCUUUGUCACUCUGUCUAUCGCUUUAUCCUUAUGCUUCUUUUCUCCUUCUCUCUCUCUUUCCAUCUUCCUCCACCUCCCUUUCAUCAUCCUCUUUCUAUCUCCAUCACUCUUUAUGCCCAUUGUCCCUCUCCCUUUCUCUCUCUCUCUACCUCCUGUUUUUCACUUCUCUCUCUCUCCAUCAUUCUCUCUGUCCCCUUUUAUCAUUCUCCCCCUUUUUCUUUUUUCUCCCCUUCUCUCUGUAUCCCUCCUUC